CCGCACCGGUAGGAAGUUCAUUUCCGAAGUCCCCCAGAGUAACCGGGGAUGGAAGGAAAAAUUUGUUUUUAUCGAAUUUCCCCCCUUCUUCACUCCUCUGGCCGGUCUGAAGUGGAACGACCAUCUGCUCGACCAAGAGUACGCUGCACCGGCCUCCUCCCCAGACUUGGAAGCCAACCUCGAGAUCCUCAUGCGCGGGGAUCCUCAAACCGGGAGGAUCUUCCAUCAAGGCAGCUGGGUUUGGAGGGUAGAGUCGGGUGGUGAGGGUACCUCCCAGGCCCAGGAAGCAGCGGGGCACGGGGCACGGGAUAUGGAGUUUGAAGAGUUCGCUAUCCCCGAGGACCAACCAGCCGGGGAGACCGGGGGCUCCCAAGCCAAUCCUGCCAGGACUUUCCCGGUCAAUCCAGAGACCGUGGAAAUCCUGGAUGAGGAUGAGCCCCAAGACGACCGGUCUAAGGGGAAGGAGAAGGAGAAGGCCAGUCGCCGGGUGAAGAAGGUGGCGACCACGCACCCUUCCUACGCCAAGAAAAGGGCAAGGUCAGAUCCUGAGCCGGCCGGCCAGACUAUCGAGGAGGCCUUCAUCAAUCUGGGGCUAAGGCUGAAGGAGGCGGGGGAGAUCGGGCCACAAACAGUGGACCGGUUGGGGAUGAGUUCCCCUUCUGAAGUCGACCGGCUGAAGAAGGAGAAGGAAGAGAUGUCACUCAUCCUGAGGAGCCAGGCUGAAGAGCUGAUCCGGCUGUCUGGGCUGGUCGGGGCAAUGAAGACUGAGAUCUCCCAACUGAAGGAGGAGAAUGGCCGGCUUCCGGACGAAGUCUCUGAAGCCAAGAGGGAAGUGGCGAAGAAGGAAGAAACCUUCCCCAGGCGCGCAGCUGCCUGGGUGGAAGAGAAUAAGGCUGAGGCCGCCCGGGUGAUGACGGCUAGCCCGGAAGCGACCAUGGAAUCCUUCAGGCUCUUGUACCGGGAGCCUGAAGGAAAGAAGAUGAUUACCGCUAUUGGGUCCUUCGGAUUCAAGAGUGGUCAGAAGAAGGACCGGGCUGCCUGCCAUCGGAUCUUGAAGAAAAGAGACCCAGAGUUCUCCGCAGCUUCUUACGGCCUG